GCCCCCCCGCCAUAUCUCACUUGCUCUCCCCGGGUUUCCGGGUCUGGCUUGUGGCCGCGGCCCCGCGCGCGGUUUUGCCGGGCUGAAGGGCCCUGCGGGGGUCCGGGGGGCGCUGGCUGUGCGCACAGGUCGUGGAAACAAAUUCAAGAUGGGGACCGAGAAUCAAGCUGCUGCUCAAACUACUUCUGAGCUGUAAUGAAAUGUGGCGUGAUUAGAGAUCGCGUGACUGUGGGACAGAUCCCUUUAUCUCCAGGGCGCUUGGUUGAAAUCAUCAGCCUGUCACAGGCUCGCUCGGUUUCUGCGGGGUGUGUUCCUUGACUCUUAGCACCUUUCGAAGGGAUAUUCCUGUCGUCUGGCUGAGAAGGAAGACAGGCUUUGGUCCCUAAGCAGUGUGGUUUGAAAAGCUACUUUCCCCCAAGUAACUGUAAGGGCAAGUCUAAUAAGGCUGAUCUUAAAGUAGGUAAUUACCGAGAUGGGAAAUUCCAGUAGCUUACAUGCUACAGGCAAGCGUGACGCUCCCUAGCUAGACUGGGACAUACAGCUUCAAUUUUUGGUGAAUUAUAAGCUUUCAUUUAAAAAAUCCCUUUCCAAAUGUAAGAAUGUAGUGUCAUCUUUCUGACUCUGCAUACACUUAAAACCCCAAUAACAAUUUCACUGCUGUUCAAAAUCCAGUGUCAAGUACUGAAUCUGCCAGCAUCCACUUUGGUUUCAUAUUUAAAUGAUGUCACUUUCAUACUAUUGCUGAUUCAGAAACCUCUGAGCAGCUGUAGAGGCAAGCACUGGAGAGGGAGUUGCUCACAGGAUUCAUAUAGCACCCAUCACUGUAGCAUCUAACUGUAUAAUAGAUGCUGAAUAAUGAUUUAAACUGAACAAUCAAGGACUCAGAAAUCAGGAGGAUCUAUUUCCAUAACAAUGGCAACAAAAUCAUCUCUACUUAAAGUAAUACUCUUAGGUGAUGGUGGAGUCGGGAAGAGUUCACUUAUGAACAGAUAUGUCACUAACAAGUUUGAUACACAAUUGUUCCACACAAUAGGCGUGGAGUUCUUAAAUAAAGAUUUGGAAGUGGAUGGACACUUCGUUACAAUGCAGAUAUGGGACACGGCAGGUCAAGAACGGUUCAGGAGCUUACGGACUCCUUUCUAUAGAGGUUCUGACUGUUGCCUUCUAACUUUCAGUGUAGAUGACUCUCAAAGCUUCCAAAACUUGGGAAACUGGAAAAAAGAAUUCAUUUACUAUGCAGAUGUGAAAGAGCCUGAAAGUUUUCCUUUUGUGAUAUUGGGUAACAAAAUUGACAUAAAUGAAAGGCAAGUGUCUACAGAAGAAGCCCAGGCCUGGUGCAGGAACAACGGCAACCAUCCCUAUUUCGAGACUAGUGCAAAAGAUGCCACUAAUGUUGCAGCAGCCUUUGAGGAAGCCGUUCGAAGAGUUCUUGCUACUGAAGAUAGAUCAGAUCACUUGAUUCAGACAGAUACAAUAAAUCUUCACCGGAAGCCCAAACCCAGUUCAUCUUGCUGUUGACUGUUAGAUUUUUUUUUUGCCAAUAAAGUUCUGACAAACUUACUCUAAAAAUAAGAAAAGGAGUAAUAGCUCAAAUAUAAGUGGGUUCCACUCUAAUAUUAUUAAAAUGUAACAUUCUGCUGCUUUACUUGGGAGUGGGGGAGGCUUCCAUUCAGUGAGUGACUUGUUUCUGAGUUAGUGGCAUCUUCUGUUUAGAAAGAUGUCAGCUAAAAAUGUUCAUUUAAUAUAAAUGUGUAAUUUGCAAAGUUAACAAAUCAAAUGAUAAAUACUUUAAAUGUAAUUCAGAGAAACUUGAAAGUUCUAGAAGCACUACUUCUGGGUUUUUUUCUGUAAUUCAAAUGCAAGGAACAAAUUUUAUAUGUAUGUGUAUAUUUUUAUGAAAUUAGCAUUCCAUUUUUGGUUCACUAAAACCCAUUUCAUAACAUAAUUCUAACUAUUAAAGAACUUCAGUCUCCUUACAUUCCUUUUGAUCUGAGUGGUACUUCAUCUGAUUUUUUUUUUUAAUUCUAUAUAAACCUUUAGAUUUUCUGCUAUUAAGUACCUAAUGUCACUAGAACUACUGUAGAUUUUAAGGUAGGAAAUAAACCUCCUGCAUACUUAA